CGCCUCACAUAUAUAUCUUCCUCAAAGCUUUCUUUCUCAGUUCUUCAUCGUUUGAGAAAAGAGGCAGCAGAGGCCGCAGUUUCACACUUCCCUCUGUUAAGAAGCCAAAAAGUUAAGAACGAUGGCGUAUGCUGCAAUGAAGCCGACCAAGCCUGGCUUGGAGGAGCCCCAGGAGCAGAUUCACAAGAUCAGGAUCACUCUCUCCUCCAAGAAUGUAAAAAACCUCGAGAAAGUUUGUGCUGAUUUGGUUCGUGGUGCCAAGGAUAAGAGACUGAGGGUUAAGGGACCAGUGAGAAUGCCCACCAAGGUUCUUCACAUCACCACAAGGAAAUCUCCCUGUGGUGAAGGGACAAACACAUGGGAUCGAUUUGAGCUCCGUGUUCACAAGCGAGUUAUCGACCUUUUCAGCUCUCCUGAUGUGGUCAAGCAGAUCACUUCUAUUACCAUUGAACCUGGUGUUGAGGUGGAGGUCACCAUCGCAGAUUCUUAAAUGUGCCUCACUUUUGCGUUUUGGUCUUGUUUAGUUUUUAGUUGAUUAGAAGUCUUACAUCCGAUGUGGCCCGCUUUGAUGAGAACGUUCCUAAAGCUUGAAUGAGUUGUAGGGUCUCUCGUUUGUGUUUUCCCAUACUACUGUCGAAGUGAAGAUUCUAUUUUGUUCUGUGGCUCCAGAUUUUGUUUCCUUUUUGUUGCCUAAAGAUUAUGUUGGGAUGUUUUUAUUUAAUGCAUUAUUUGACAUUAAAUAUCAUGAAA